GUUCAUCCUCAGCCUUCUCCAUCGCCAUCUGCAUCUCCAUCUUCACCCAGAAGAACACCUCCAUCUCCAACUCCCUCGCAGCCCACCGUUGCCAUGGCUCUCUGGCUCCAAACAGCUGCUCUGCUUGUCGUGGUGGCUCUGUCAACCACGGGCACUGAUGCCGCCACCGCCCAACACCUGUGCGGGUCGCACCUGGUGGAUGCACUGUACCUGGUGUGCGCAGACGAGGGCUUCGUCUACAAGCCUACAAAGAGAGCUGUGGACCCCCUCCAGGGAUUCCUGCCUCCAAAAUCUGGCCAGGAGAAUGAGGUGGGAGAAACCAUUGUCUCGAGGAGGGGGGUUAUGGGAGAUGGAAUUGUGCAGCAGUGCUGUCACAAACCCUGCAGCAUCUUCGAGCUUCAAAAGUACUGUAGCUCGUUCCACAACUGAAUCCCCCUGAGCAAGGAGAAGCACGCGAUGAAAAAGAAGAGUGCGAAUGGCCUUUUCACUAAAAAUUGCCUUUUCAAUGGGAGCUUGAGUCAUUAGAAAAACUAUGCCUGCCAUUUAAUAAAGCUUUUUGUUAUUGAU